UAGGGGGGGUGGGGGGAAAGGAAGGAGGAGGGCUAGGUGCAGGGCUGGACUGCAGGACUGAAGGACUGGAUGCUAGCCUCAGUAGGCCCCAGCAGGUCCCAGAGAUGGCCUCCAACUUCAACGACAUCGUCAAGCAGGGAUACGUCCGCAUGCGCAGCAGGAAACUGGGGAUUUACCGUCGCUGCUGGCUGGUGUUUAAGAAGUCGUCCAGUAAAGGACCACGCAGACUGGAGAAGUACACUGAUGAGAAGUCAGCUUACAUCAGAGUCUGUCCUAAGGUGACAGAGAUCAGCAAUGUGAAGAAUGUAACAAGGCUCCCAAGGGACACCAAGCGCCAGGCGGUAGCCAUCGUCUUUACCGAUGACACCUCGCGCACGUUCACCUGUGAAUCAGAGCUAGAAGCAGAGGAGUGGUUCAAAACCCUGUCAAUAGAAUGCCUGGGGACCCGCCUCAAUGACAUCAGUCUAGGAGAGCCGGACCUGCUGGCGGCAGGUGUUCAGUGUGAACAUACAGAGCGUUUCAAUGUGUUCCUACUGCCCUGUCCUAACCUGGACAUCUAUGGGGAGUGUAUGAUGCAGAUCACCCAUGAGAAUAUCUACCUGUGGGACAUCCACAACCCUCGCACCAAACUGGUCACCUGGCCGCUCUGCUCCCUGCGCCGCUACGGAAGAGAUGCCACGCGCUUCACCUUCGAGGCUGGACGCAUGUGUGACAGUGGAGAAGGCCUGUACACAUUCCAGACGCGGGAGGGAGAGCAGAUCUACCAGAGAGUCCACUCCUCCACCCUGGCCAUCGCUGAGCAGCACAAGAGAGUUCUGAUGGAGAUGGAGAAGAACAGCAGAUUGUCUAAAGGUUCUGAGGCGGGCUCCUACCCCUGUACCCCCACGGCCAUCCUGCCCCGCAGUGCCUUCUGGCACCAUAUCACUGGCACCCAGGGGGGCAUGGACCCAGCCCAUGGUGACAUGUUUGGUGGUUCUCAGACUGGCGCUGAUGCAGACCUGCUCUCCACCCGGCUGCCCUCAGAGCCACGCCACGCUACCAUGCCCCUGGCACACAGCCGACACUCCCCCGCCCGCUACCCCACCUACCCCAGCCAGUGAUCCCAGGGGUGCAUUGCAGACCGCUAGCCUCCUCCACCAUACCCAUACUCUGUACCCUGCACUCCUCCCAUUCUCCUUUCUCUGCAGUGCUCACCUCGACUCCACGCCCCCUCAUCUACCCUCCAGCCAAUCAGGGUGGGGUGUGGGGAGUGGGCUCUCCCAUGGGGUCAUAGGACCUCCCCUAAAGCUGGGAGCUCUGUGAAGCAGGACGUGACAGCACCUCUGGUCUUCUCUAUAGUGGACGAGCCAAAGGCUGGUUACCUGAAGGAACUCCCAGAAUCCCUCACUGUGGGGGCAAAGUGCAUUGUUCGAGCCAGCAGUGGCUUGUUGCCUCUUAGUGAGCUGACAUUGUGUCACGAUGCAUCUCUCUCUCUCUAUGCAUGGCCCCGGAGGAGGAAGAUGAACAGCUCUGCUGUGGGCAUGGAGGACGAACAGGAGGAGGAGGGGUGUGAGCUUUAAGGAUGUGAUUUAGUGGGUGUCCUCUCUUCUAACCCCUGUGAUUUAUUUAUUUUUCUGACGGGAUUCAGUCAGCUCUCCAUCACCUCAACCCCCUUCGCAACAGACCUCUACAUGUACCUCAUGCCAGCUCUUAGCAAAGUUCAAUGUUAGGGGCUCAGGACGUCCCCAUAUAGCUCUUAUUUGGGGGCAGAACAGAAGGACCCCUUCCUACCAUCCCUGCUCUCCAGCAUGAUAGUGAUUGUGGCUCUCGCUCCAACCCAUAACCUCAAUCUGACAGACACGUAUGUAAGACAACAGUUUCCUCCCAAGAACUGACCUUGGCUUCCUUCUUCAACUCUGUGUGUGUGUGGGUGGAAGAGGGACUGUCCCUGGACAAUCAUCCAACCAAACACCUGGUCUAAUUCCACAGAGAAACAAAGGACCACUUGUCUUUCAUCUUUCUUUUUUUAAAACUUGUAGCAGACAUAACAACCUGACUUUGCCUUGUAUUCUGUUCUGUCUGAUAAAGAAAAUAGACAUAGAUUUUUCUGGGAGGAUAGAGAGAGGCGUGAUGAGAGAGAGGGAGGGAGGGAGCCGUCGAACCAUAUGCCUCUGAAGUUGUGACUUUGUUUGUUGUUUUCUCUUGGUUUCCUGCCUUUGGGUUGUGAAGACAUCCAAGGCUGUUCAUAAUAUGGUAAUAGGACCCUGUCUUCUGUGUGUGUACUGCAUGAAUGGGAUACACAGUUACUGACAUUUGGCCACUUUAAAACCUAUGUUAAGAGAUAAUUUAGACAUGGUAAAUAAUAAGCUAGAUUUUAAAAUGUAGACGUCACAAAGAUGUAGCCACUCCCUCAAACCUCAUCAUUAUUAUUGUAGAGAUCCUUGGUCUGAGGGAGACACCAUAGGCUGUGUCAUAGUGUGGCUCCUCAGUUAGUUUCCUCAUUGAGAUUCCUGUCAGGCACAAGUGCAUAAUGAACUAGUGAAGUUGUGAUAAUCAUUAUUAAUGUCCUGUGUUUUUAGUUUCACAACAUUCUGGUGUGUGGGGUGGGUUACCGCCUGACCAAAAUGGUUCUGGACAUGUUUGCACUUGAAGAUGUUUUUUUCUUAUUUUAAAUGUGUUUUGAUAAUUCAGGAGCCAUUGCUCUUAAUUUGGGUCAUGUGAGGGAUAAGCACAGAUCUAGGGCAGGUUGGUUAGUUACCUGCCUCAGAGGACCCUCACAUGGAGUCCUUUUAUUUUAGGACUGUAGCCUAGAUACUGCUGGUGGUUAGUUAGUAGAUGACUGUUGCACAAAGAGAGAAAAACAUGUUUUUAAUAGUUGGAAGUAUAAAACCUGCCCUCUACACAGUUCUGACAUCAGAUUGGGCUUAUAACUAAUAAUGCUAAUUAUUUAAACCCAUCUCAACAUUAGCAGAUUUGACUGACUGAUCUAAGACUUUCCAACUGUGUAUUAAUUUGUGACACUUGGAUAUAACCCAACUAAUGCACCCUGUAGUUAGAGAUGGGACUAAUAUGAAAAUAUAUAUAUAUAUAUAUAUAUAUAUAUAUAUAUAUAUAUAUAUAUAUAUAUAUAUAUAUAGUAUAUCACCACUGUUAAAGUUACUGUACGUGAAGCUUAUAAAAUGAGGUAAUUUUCUAAUCUCCUUGACAAGGAUGUUUUGGUAGGGACAUUGUGUAAUGUUAUUUAUUUGAUUUGGCCAGAGUGGGACAGUCUGAUGUCUAAGGCUACUUAUUCAAUGCUGGAAUCCAAUAAAACACACAUUUACAGUUUCUGUAUUAUUUAUCAUAAAGGGCUAAGCUUUUUGUUGAACAUAAUCUUUACCCUAUGUAUUGUGUGUUUGUGUACAUACAUGAGUUGUUGUUGCUGCCCUCUUGGGCUCUUGUAUAUACAGCUAUUUAUUUCACAUCAUGUGGUCUCUAGAUGUGUGUGUGUGUGUGUGAGAGAGUGUGAUGUGUAUGUGUGUAUGUUCUGUGACAGGGAUUAUUUGGGGGAUGUUUAUUUGAAAUGCAUGCACUCAACACAUUUUUAUACUGUGUAACGAUGGCAAGAUUGAAAUGUUGUGGACUUGUUUGGGUGGAGAUUUUUAGAGACGAUUACUUGGCACGGGGAAAUAAAGAACAAAAAUUCACCUGA